AUGGCCAGCGAAGGUGCCCCCGAGCAGAAUGUUCCUACCAGCGCAUCAGCUCCCAGUGAGCCUCCACAGGGAGCUCAGAGCAUCCUGGAUCCAAGCCAGACAGAUCACGAAUCGGUUGCCGUUGAAAAAGCUCGAGCAGCUGCACAUGUGGAUUACCCCGAGGCCCCUCGACCUCAACCGCCAAAUGCACCCUCUACAGAACCCGACUUCGGUGGCGCGGUUGCCUCCUCAGAGCCCCAAGCUCCACUAGCUGCCCAAGUGGAGGAAGCCAAGGCCAAGGAAGAACCGACCAAGGAAGAACCUACCAAGGAAGAAACAAAGAAUAAAGAACCUCGAACUGGUGAGAAGCGUGAUCUUGAUUCGACUGCCAACCCAGCUCCAGCUCCAGCCCCAGCUCCAGCUGCAACUUCAGCCAUCACCGAUGACAAGGAUCACCCUGUUCCUGACAGGACAGAAGAACCCGAGUUAAAGAAACAAAAAUUAGAAGCCAACCCGGAAUCUUCUCUGGAGAACAAGGAAGACAAGCAUCCCAAUGCCACUGCUCCCGCUACAGCUCCAGUUGACAAUUCCAACGGAGAUUCCAAGAAAGCAGGUCGUCCCAAGAAAGACAAAGUGAAAGACGCCUUUAAGAAGAUAAUCCCAACUGAUGGACCUGGCAGUCGCACUCGUAGCCGGACCAAGGGUGAUUAA